AUGCCACUUCCACCAGUUUGUUCGUCUACUCUCACAAUGGUGUUAAAUUCCCCCACCAACCACCACUGGACUGAUAUCUUGCGUCUAAAGACGUUCCAGGGAGAGCUUUGGUCACAUGGACCAACAACAGGGAAAGCAGAGAAACAGGCAAAGGAGCUCGAUCGAGCUCCACAAGACUCGAUCGACCCACGAGUCGAUCGAUCAUACAGAGGUGAGUCGAUCGACCUCUCACGCUACGAGCUCGAUCGAUCCCCUGCGUGCUACCCACUCGAUCGAUCCCAUGCAAAGGGAGUAGCUCGAUCGAUCCCAUGCAGAGCGACGAAGCUCGAUCGAUCCCGUUCUGUCUCAGCCGUUCGAUCAAUCCCGGUCAGAUGA